AUGAGGAAGUCGAGCUCGGACCCUGGUCGCCGCAACUGCCCAAUGGGGGGAGGCAAUCCGUGGAAGUGGAUGGGUCCAUGGCAUAAAGGGUCGCCUUCUGGGCGGAUCAGUGCUAUCAAUGCAGCCGGGCAGCCACUGGUGUCACUAGACUACGUGCAGCACCUGCCACCGCCGCGUUGCAAUUGGAUCCACUAUUUUCCGGCGCCGACUCUCCGCACCGGAUCAGCCCGCGGCGACGAUAGUGACGCUCUUUUCGAGGACUCGGGUUUUAAAUUGAAGAAAAUGGUUUUCAUUCUAGGAGUCAACUUUUCCGAGCAAAAGCUCGUGAAGAAGGCGCUUGAGUCUUUCUUCGCUCUCGGGCCGACCACAUCAUCCCGCAUUUUGGCCAAAUACUCCAUCUCCCCCAUGUCCAAAGUCGGCGCUCUGCCACCGAAAACCGUCACGGCUCUUACGGCAGAGUUAUCGACAAUGACGAUAGAAAGCGAUGCGCGGAAGAUCAUUCAACAGAACGUCAUGAGACUAAAGGAUAUGGGAAGUUACCGGGGAAGAAGACACGCCAUGAACCUCCCCGUGAGAGGACAGCGGACGAGGACCCAGAUCGAGUCGGCCAGGAAGCACAAUUCUGCGAACAGACGAUGGUAA